AAUGAAGAUAGUAUUUAAAAAUUAAUUAUGAUGACAUCGUGAUUCGUGAUGGUUUGACGAUUAGGAUAGGAUAUAAGUGUCCUUGUAUACUAUUAAAAAAAAUUUUACAAUAAAAAUACGUAUUUUAUCGCAGGAGUCGAAUAUAAACUGUAGUUCUUAAUUUAAAAUUUUUAUUACAUGUAUAUGUUAUAUACAUUUAUGUAAGUUUUCGAGUUCAAGAAAAAAUUUAAAAAUUAUGGGUACCACACGUCAGAGAAAGCUUGUAGGUACAGAAAAUGGUAGUAAACAUGCAUCAAAUGAUAAAAUCAAACGAAAAAAAUCAUCAAAAAGUUCAUCGGCGCUUAGUAUACGUGGACAGUUGAUAUGUUUAUUGUUAUCAGUUGGAAUUUUGAUAAUAUUUACAGGUUUAUAUUUAGACACAGUUGUUCAUUCUACUGCAGAUAAAUUAGCUCGACAUUUAGGAUACAAUGAUCCGGUGUAUGCAGCUAUUAUAGAUGCAGGAAGUACUGGUUCGAGGUUACUAGCAUUUAGUUUUCAUAAAGCUUAUUUAGACGGACGUUUAAUAUUAGAUAAAGAAUUAUUUAUUCAAUUAAAACCAGGGCUAUCAUCGUUUGUAAAUGAACCAAAAAAGGGCGCUGAUUCGAUUAAACAAUUAUUAGAACAUGCGUAUAAAGAAAUACCAAAAGAAUAUUGGAAAAAAACGCCUUUGGUGUUGAAAGCUACUGCUGGUUUACGAAUGUUACCCGAACAGAAAGCGAAUGCUUUAUUGGAUGAAGUACGGUUAUUAUUUAGUCAAACACCUUUUCAUACAAAUGAAGAUUCUGUAUCAAUUAUGGAUGGUGUUGACGAAGGAAUAUUCUCGUGGGUUACAGUUAAUUUCCUUCAAGGAUUACUAAACGGUAAUCCAAAUCAAGCGGCCGCUGCGUUAGAUUUAGGAGGUGGCUCAACUCAAGUAACAUUCGCAGCGACCUCCGAUUCGUCAUUGUCACAAAAAGAAUACAUUUACAAUGUACAACACGGCAAUAAUAAUAUUACGUUAUACACGCACAGUUACUUGGGCUUAGGUUUAAUGGCUGCACGUAAAGCCAUUUUAGCUGAAGGAAAUGAAAAAAAAAGUUUAAAUUUAAUUAGUGAAUGUAUCAAUCCAAUAAUUAAUAACACAAAAUGGCAUUAUAAUGGAAAAGAAUAUUUAGUAAGUGGUCCCAAAACUGAUAUUCGAUAUAAAACAGACAAUGCAAAUAGUGAAAUAUCAGUAACUGAAAAGCAUCCAGUAAUAAAAUUUGAAAAGUGUUUGAGUAUUGUUGAAAACUACGUAAAAAGUUCUGUAGUAACUCCCUCCGAAUUAGUUUCUAAAAAAAUUAAUGCUUUCAGUUAUUAUUUUGAUCGUGCCACAGAAAGUGGUUUAAUUGAUCCUUUUACUGGUGGUAAAGUUCCUGUUAAAGACUUUUUAUUAGCUGCUAAACGGACUGCAAAUUCAACAAAUGCAGAUCAACCAUUUAUGACCUUAGAUUUAACGUUUAUUUAUGUUUUAUUGACUGAUGGAUUUGGUUUGAAACCAACAACACAAUUAAGUCUCGUAAAGAAAAUUAAUGGUCAUGAAUUGAGUUGGGCGUUAGGAGCAGCAAUUAAAAUUUUACAAAAUUAGUAUCAGUUAAAUAUUUGUUAAUAGAAUUUUACGUGCAUUUUGUACCAAUUCUCAUUGUGAUCGUUUAGUAAGAUUUUGUGAAAAUUUUUAAGAUUAAAAAUUGACUACUUUUUAUAAUUUGACAAUUAAUAUAACCGAUAAAAAAUACAGUUUUUAUAACACACCAUUCGUUAGUUAUACUCUGCCUCAAAUCAUACACGGAUUCCGUUGUGCAGAUUCACAUAAGUUCGACAGCGAUAAGCACAUAAAUACACACAUGUACUUGAUAGAGAACGCCACACUCUAGAUUCCGUGUGUGAAAUGAUGCACACUGUAUUAAUUUUAUUACAUACUUUAAUUAAAAAUAAAUAACAAAUAUUAAAGGAUAUUUUAACAAUGUUUUUAACAAAACACUUGUUUAAUAGUUACGUUUACCUUACUCUUUUUUUUCGUCAUAAACGUGGUGGUGGCAUAGAAUCAAUGUAUCUUUUGGUAUAAACUAAAUUUUAAAUAAAAUUUUUAAAAGUUCCUUUAAAUUUAUGUACCAAAAACUCUAAAAUGAAAAUAGAAACCUAUGGUAAUGGUAAUGAUUGGUUUAAGAGGUGAAAUCAAAAUUCGUUGAAAUUCCUUUAGUGUUUUUUAGUAUAUUUUCACCAAAGUGCACUUCAUUCUGACACCGUUAAUCAUUAUCAAAAUUUAAAAUAAUUAUUACUCCAUUUUUUUAAAUGAUGUAUUUGAAUGUCCUUAUUUUGAUACGAAUAUCAAUUGAAGGAAUAUUAUUUGUUAAGAUGAAACUUUUCUAAUGAUGUACAAAACCUGAUGUUAAUCACCACUGGAUGGUUGUAGAAAACAAGUACUUUUUAAAAAAGUUUCAUUUCUAUGUGAUAAUCGUGACGAACUUGUAGCCAUGUAUCUUUUAUAUUUUGAUCGUUAUAAUGUGUACUAUUCCACAAUAAAAGACAUAAUUUUAUUCGAA